AUGUACCCCACGUGGACCCAACAUUGGCGAUUGGAAGAGCUGCAAAGUGAAAUAGACACAAGGAAGUUAAUCAGUGAGAAUAGUGGGAUACACCCUCUUAGCUUCUCUGCAGUGCUGUAUCUUCCAAGAGAUAAAGGGGGACGUGGACUCAAGUCCGUAGAACAAUAUUACAAGUUAAUUAAGAUCAAGGCGGCUAAGAAGCUGUAUGAGAAUCCAGACCCAAUGAUGAGAAGUGUGCGGAUAUUUGAAGGGAAAGCAUGCGAGAAGGGAUUCUCCUCACUUGUGAAAGACGCGUACCUGUUUGCGGAGGAAAUGGGGACUAGUCUGAAUUUGGCAACUCCCGAUCCAUCAUGCAGCUCGCAGUGAGCCCCAGCGAAGAGGAUCAGUAGACAUCAGGUAAGACAACAUCUUAAGAAAGCUGUGGAAGAGAAGCUUAAGGAAAAGGUGGAAGAUCAGAGAUGGCAAGGACGUCUGCUGUGGACCAGACGGGAAGACGACCAGCUAAGUGAACAUGGCUGUUUCGUCUAGUUGAGUGGGUGAGCGAGCGCUCCUCCUCAUUCUGUAGCAGGGGUUAUGGAACUUUAUGAGCAGCUCUUACCAACCCGAGUUUAUGCGGGUUAUAAGACCGAUAGUUCACGCCAAAUUAACACCAUUUGCAUAAUGUGCGGUAAGGUAUCAAAAAGCCUUGCCCACGUUUUGGCGGAAUGUUCAUCGCUGGUGCUGACUAAGUACAUGGGCAAGCAUAAUGCUGCACCAAAGGUGCUGUUAUUUGAAAUGCCGAGGGACUUCAAGCUUGCCGACUCUGUUCCUAAGUGGUAGUCACGGGUGGAGCCCAAACGGUUGUACGAGUCAGAGAAUGCUCAAGCAUACUGAGAUGUUCCUGUUUACGCAGAACACGCUUUCGUUCGAGACAACAGGGUAGACGCACGAUUUGUAGACCACAAGGCCAUGAGGGUGUUGGCUGUGGAAAUGAGCUGUCCAUGGUUGGACAAUCGCGCGAAGAAGGAUUCAGCAAAGACGUCGAAGUAACAACCACUCCGGUGGGAGCUUACCAAACAGUACCCAGGCUACAAGAUCGUACUGCUGAACGCCAUUGUGAAGGUUUUCACUUUUUCUCCUUGGUGGUCCAAGGAGCUAGAUUUCGAGAUGAGUAA